AUGCGAAGUAAAGUACCCAAGUUUAGGCUCGAUAACUAAUAGCAAUGGAUUUACAUCAGUUCAACGAAUUGAUUACGCGCAUGCAAUCACCCGACAAUGAGCAGAGAAGCCAAGCUGAAUCGAUAUAUCAUGAGAUGGAAAUACGCUCAGUGACCGUAUUGUUGUAUACGCUCUACGUACAACAAGAUGCAGCUCCAGAAAAUCGACUAAUGUCACUUAUUCUACUCAGGCGGCUUCUACAAAAUCAAUGGGAUGAGUUCAAAGAAGGCCUUGGUGAUAACUCAGAAGCUUUUUUCCAACAGCUACUGCAUGGCUUUGCUAACGAGACCGACUUCGGGUUCCGAAAAAAGAUGUUAAUGGUUAUAGCAGAAGUGGCGCGUAAUACUAUAGAUGAAGACACGGGUAAACAAAAAUGGCUUGGCAUAAUUCAGCUUCUAAAACACUGUAUGGGUAGCGACAAAUCUGAAGAUCUCCUUUGCGUCGCUCUAGUGCUUGAAUCUGUACCAAACGUAUUUGGCUCCGAUUCUGAUCAGUAUAUCGGUGAUAUAAAGAAGUGCUUCUCCGUUCUUUUCAAGGAUUCAAACUCAACUGUUCGCUCAGAUGCUCUUAGGUGCUUUGUAACUUAUGUAAUCGAAAAUGACGAUGAUGAGCGUUUGAUUAAAGAAAUGUCACCCUUAAUGCAUCAAGUCGUGGAGGUCUGCCGUUAUACUUGUGUCAACGAAGACGGUGGAGAUGAUGCGCCGCUGCAGUGCCUGGCCGAGUUAGAGUCUGUUGCUCCUAAGCUUGUCAAUCCACAUAUGGCUGAGAUUUUGGAGAUGUGUGUUGGAUGCGUCCUCAAUACUGAAAAGGACGAGGCUUUCCGCCAUUCCGCUACAGAAGUUCUGGCGACUAUCUGCGAGUGCUCAACGGCUGUGCUCAAGAAGCGUCAUGCUGCCACCAUUCCUUUCAUAUUAAAAGCUGUGCUCCUGCUUAUGACUCAUUUGACAACUGAGCUGGACGAAUGGCUGGAGGUUGAUGACAUUGAUGCUGAAGACGACGAAGAAUCCGUAGCUGUAGGAGAGUCCGCUCUUGACAGAAUAUCUUGUGCUGUUAAUGGAAAAGCUUUGCUUGGUCCAUUCCUUAGCCUAACAGACAAAAUGCGCCAUUCUGAGGAUUGGCGAGAGCGUCAUGUAGCUCUUAUGGGUUUCUCGGUCAUAGGUGAAGGAUGCCAAAGAACAAUGGAGCCUCAUAUUCAAGAUUACCUUCGCGAAAUCGUACCUUUCCUAAAUGACAAGCAUCCCCGUGUUCGUUAUGCUGCAUGUAAUGCUAUAGGGCAAAUGUCGUCGGAUUUCGCUCCAACGUUGCAAAAGAAGUGUCAUGAGAUGGUGGUUCCAGCAUUGAUGAAUACAAUGAUGGAUGCUUCAUGCGAUCGCGUUUCUGCUCAUGCAGCUGCUGCCCUCAUCAAUUUUUGCGAAGACUGUCCUAAGCAGAUCAUUUCUGCUUAUCUUCCGGCCAUAAUGACUGGCUUAGAACAGUCUUUGGGGGUUGCAUUCCAGCGGCUUCAGAAUGCUGGAAAAAAGCUAUGUUGCGAGCAGAUUACAACGGCAAUCGCAUCCGUGGCUGAUGCAGCGCAAGAUUUAUUCAUUGACUUCUACGAUCGUCUUGUUCCUCAGCUCAAGUUCAUACUCGUGAAUUCUACCGGCGACGACUAUAAGGUCCUCCGAGGAAAGACGUUGGAGUCGCUUUCUUUGAUCGGAGUAGCCGUUGGAAAGGAGAAAUUCCGAGAUGAUGCGCUUGCUAUCAUGAACUUGCUGAAGGAUCAAAUGCCAACUUUGAGUUCCGAUGAUCCUCAGUGUUCGUAUAUGAUUUGCAGCUGGACACGUAUCUGCAAGGUCCUUGGUAAGGAGUUCGCCCCGUACUUGCCUCUCAUAAUGGGAACUGUUCUCCAAACUGCAUCUUAUAAACCGGAAGUGGCUGUGGUUGAUGAGGACCAGGCACAGAAGAAUGAUCCAGCCUGGUCGUACCACUCUGUAGGUGACAACAAAAGCUUUGGAAUUCGUACAGCUGGACUCGACGAGAAAGCCGAUUCUUGCGCUAUGCUGGUUUGCUAUGCUAGGGAUCUAGAAGAGGAGUUUAUUCCUUACGUUGACGAAGUUGCGAAACUUUGCAUGGACAAUCUACGUUUCUUGUUCGUAGACAGCGUGCGGUGCUCCGCUGCUGAAACACUUCCAUGGUUGUUGAAGUGUGUCAAGAGUCAGGGAGUAGAAGCAAUGCGUCGUUUAUGGGUGGAGUUCUUCCCUGUUUUGUGUACAGCUCUAGAUAGCGAGAACGAACCCGAAGUCAUGGAAAGCUUUAUUGACUCCAUUGCCGAAUGUGUUUUGCAACUCGGUGCAGGGGGUCUUACAAAGGAAGACGUCGAAAAGAUCACCUCUGUGAUUUCUGAUCAACUCAAAGCGCAUGAAGAUAGGCGACUAGAAGCCGAAGCCGAGGAAGUUGAAGAGGAUGCCGAUGUCGAUGAGCUGAGAGAGAAACUUACGGACGAGGCGGAGAUGGAAGGUGAAGUGCUGGCUCGAAUCUCGGAUCUCAUACAUAACAUGUUCGAGACAUUUGGAGAGGCGUUCUUCGAUUGUGUAGAGCCGUUAUUACCUAGUUUCGUACAGCUGAUCGAUUUUCAUCGCGCAUAUCCAUCGCGGCAGUAUGGUGUUUGCUACAUCGAUGACUGUAUCGAGUUCGCGCCAAGGAGGUGUGCGAAAUAUCAAGAACAGUUCGUACCUCUUAUGCUCAAAUGUCUUGCGGACGAUUAUCCCGAAGUUCGUCAAGCGGCUGCAUAUGGGUUUGGAGUGAUGGGUAUGGUUGGCGGAGCAGAAUACCUGAACACAGUAACACACGCCUUAGAACCUCUUGCUGCUAUGGUGAACAGUCCGGAAGCGCGUCUUACAGAGGAGAGUUCUGGUGCUACAGACAACGGCAUCGCGGCGGUAGCGAAAAUUUUGAAAUAUUCCGGUGCCAAUAUAGAUAUUACUCAGGUGGUCCCUGCCUUCUUGUCUUGGUUGCCUACCCAUGAAGACGUGACGGAAGCGCCUCAUAUCUAUGGUUAUCUUGCUGACCUUAUCGAGUCCAAUCAUCCCGCUGUACUUGGUGAUAAUAAUAGUAAUUUACCACGGAUCGUAUAUAUAAUUGUGUCAGCAUUUCUCCUCGAAGCUUUUCCACAAACUGAUGAAGGUAACGCAGUUGCUCAACGGCUACAACACAUACUCAAGGUGCUCCAUAACAACACGGAAAUGUUUGAAGCUGUUGUUCAAGCAGCCAAUCUUGACGAAAAAAGAACCGAAACCUUGCGUGGCCUCAUCUCGUGAUAAUUUCAUCGUGUUUUUCGUUUGUUGUCACUUCAAUAGCGAAGCUAUAUGUCAAUUGUUGUUGUUGAUUGACGUAACACGUCAAUACGAACUUACUAUGUCUAUGCUCUCGGUUUUUGACAAUUGUUCCUAUUCGUUGAGACAUCGUGUUGUGAGCGAUGUCCUAGUGCCUCGUAAGUACGCAAAUCCACCAAUACAAAGACUCAAGUGAAGAAUUAGAUCAUCUUCAUUUGUACUCUGUAGACUUCGAAGGAGCAUCCCGAGUGCCUUUAGAUGGCAAAGAUCAAGCGAUUUUGACACGCAAAGAC